AUGUCGGAGAAGGAAGAGCGGCCGUCACUCCGGCCGGUUGCAUUCGCCGCGGUCGUCUUCUCGACCGUUGCACUAACAAGUUGUCUCCUCACUUUUCCAAUGAUACUACAUUAUGUGCAGACCCUCGAAUCUCAAGUACAACUCGAUCUGGAGUACUGUCAGGCUCGUGCACGAGACAUGUGGAAGGAAAUGCUGAACAUUGAGACUGGUGGCAAACGUGAUGUGGCGAAAUUGGCCGACAUUGUGAUGACUCACAGAAGACUGGAGAAAAGAGACACCCUUGCUGACUUCUGGGCGCGCCGUCUUCACGAUCAGGAGCUGCGUGACGAACCUGUUGGAUACGAUACUCCAUCAGCCGCUGUUGAAGCGGCGGUGCAAGGUGGCGGUGCACAAGGAUGUGAGUUUUCAUCACUGACGGCUGAGCGGCUUUCGCUGUCAUCUUAUCUUUCAGGCUGCACAUGUAAUCGCGGACCUCCUGGCCCACCUGGCGACCCUGGACGAGAUGGAGCAGAUGGCCUAGAUGGCAAUCCUGGCGAUAUUGGACCUCCUGGACCACCAGCACCUCCUGGUCCCGACCCCAUGUCACUGUUUCCACCGCAGUGCCCAUGUGAAGCGCCUCCUGGGGACCCUGGUCCUAAAGGACAACAAGGACCAGAUGGUCCUCCUGGCCCUCCGGGCGCACCUGGAGAGGAUGGCAAACCAGGAGAUCAAGGAGCACGUGGAAAUCCCGGAAUGCCUGGACCACCAGGUCCGACCGGUCGCCCAGGUCCACCUGGAGAGCCGGGUACUUACAAGACUGAAGUUGGACCAGCGGGAAGACCUGGCGCGCCUGGCCGUCCAGGGCCACCAGGCCAGCCUGGCCCACCUGGUGGACCGGGUCUGGACGGAAAACCAGGUGCGCAAGGACCUCCAGGCAUGCCAGGUCCUCCUGGACAACCUGGACAGAAUGGACAAGCCGGCCCUCCAGGACAGAAUGGAGAGAAUGGUGCUCCAGGCUCCUGCGAUCACUGUCCUCCUGCGAGACUCGCGCCCGGUUAUUGA